UCGGGCAAGAAGAAGCACAAUGCUCUUCGCUUUUUCACACGAAUUGUAGAAUUAUCGAAAAAAGUCGAGAAUUUAAGUGAUAAAAUUAAAAUAAAGAGCUGUACCAAUAAAAAUGUAGUCAAAGCGGUGCAGAAACCCUUGAAAAAUAAUUAUAACAAAUUUGUUGCACUAGAUUGAAAUUGUGAAAGCCUAAUUCAAAUUCACGUGAAGUAGAAGACAGACGGGGGCCAUAGAACUCACAAAACGGACGUCCAUACAUACCCAUCUAUCGGCUGUGAUCGGGUGCAUGUAAGCAACAGCAAAAGCAACCUACGCAAAAAGAGCCAAAAGAAAAGUCGACAACGAAAACGCAAAAAAUUCAUAAUAAAGAAAACCUAAACAUGUGAAUAUGUGCUUUAGAUUCUGCGAAGGAUAAGCGUGUAAAAGCGAAAAGCAAAAGUUUAAGGUGUGUGUAGAAACGACAAAGGGAAAACGAUAAAAAAUAAAAAAUCAUAGGAAAUAAGCUAGGAAAGUGGUUUUUGUUCUUGGAGGUGGACAAAAAGUGGGCAAAAGAAUAGCAAAGUGUCACAGAACAUAAGACAAGAAGCAGCAGACAGAAGGGGGAAAAAACUGCAAUAGCCAGAGACAUCGUGGGAGUACAAAUUUAAUUGCGUUUUGUUUACUGACGAUACACACAUCACAACCUGCGUCACCAAUGAGACAUGCAAAACGUAUUGCAGGACAGCAGCGACAACAACACCAGCGCUUUCUGAAACGCAUAUAUGAUCCACUUUAAAUCCGAGCUGUUGACUUUUGAAAAAUUAAAGAAAGCAACAAGAGAAAAUCUUAAUGAAGUCUGAUUAGCGGUUGCAGUGAAUUCUCUAAAAUCAUUAGAAAAAUAGAAAGCUACCAGAAGCCCCAUAACCCCACUUAAUCCCAAGUUUCUCAAUUCUCCAACGAUAAUAAUCUGAAAGAGCCUUGACGCCCGUAGCUCUUCGCCACGAAUUUUACACAAAAUUUUUACGAACGAUGGAAUCUCGAAUGCGUUCCAGAUGGUUACUGUUGGAAUUCUUUGCGCUUUGUGGACUUUCGCUCUUUACACAUCAGUCGGCGGCACAUAUACUGGUUUAUAGAAGACUUAACAGUGUGUUUUUCUCUUUUUCGCAGCUAAUUGAAGAGUACAAUGACCUGCCAGCACAAUUUGGUCCCACUUUACCAGCGAAUGGCAUAAAGGUCUAUGCUAUACCAGCAGAAAAUGAUCAUUACGCAUGUGGGCCAAUCAAUGUGCCACCAUCCCGCGAUGGUGAAACUUAUCCAAAAACUGCAAAAUUUGUGUCUAUAAUAGAGAGAGGUGGCGGCGAAAAUUGCACUUUUGAAAAAAAAGUUCGCAAUGCACAGGCAUCAGGUUACGAUGCAGUCAUCAUAUACAAUAAUAAUGGCGAUGAUUUGGAGCAAAUGUCGGCGAAAAAUUCAAGCGGCAUCCGCAUACCAGCUGUUUUUGUUGGGCAAUCAUCGGGCAUAAGUUUGGUGUCGUUCCAGACACCUGAUGUGAUAUUGGUGAUCAACGAUGAGCUGCCUUUCAAUAUUAACACACAGUUGAUUUUACCGUUUUCGAUUUUAAUUGGACUUUGCUUCCUCAUUAUGAUCUGCUAUAUGAUUUACAAAUGUGUACGUGAAGAGCGUCGCUUACGUCGUCAUCGCCUGCCGAAGAAUAUGCUCAAGAAACUGCCGAUCUUGAAGUAUACGAAAAAUUGUGAUCUAUCGCAAGACACCUGCGUCAUCUGUCUGGAUGAGUUCGCCGAAGGCGACAAACUGCGUGUGCUGCCAUGCAAGCAUCCCUAUCACAGUCACUGCAUCGAUCCUUGGCUUACGGAAAAUCGUCGUGUUUGCCCCAUUUGUAAACGGAAGGUUUUUACGAAACGCGAGUCACGUGUAAGCAGGACGAAUCGACAAUCUUUAUUGGAUAGUGUAACGGAUACAGACGACGACACAACACCCCUACUACCGCCCGCACAGCCGGCAAGGGUCGGCAGUAGCGGCAGCAGUGCCAGUGCCACAAGCAGCAGUAGCGCGGCAGGUGGUGGUGACGUACGUAGAGCAGCAUCUAUUGGUGUUCGACGUAAUGGUCGUAAUGGUCGCAAUGCAGCAACAACACGUCACGGCACCUUUAGACGUGCACCGGCUAGUGAUGGCAAUUAUGUCACCGAUGUGACUUCCGAUGAAGAUAAUGUAUUAUUGGCUCAAAGUUCCCCUGCACGCGGUGGACGUCGCGUAAAUCCAUUCGAUCGUAGACCUAAUUUACCGCCACAUCUUGUCGAGCAACUGACCACAAAUAGGCGUUCCUUCUGGCGCUUACCAUUUUUCAGAUCCUUCCGACGUCAUCAAUCUAUAAGCGUUGCAGCGCCUCCCUUUCUUGAGGAUGGUGUGCCUCAGUCACUGAAUAAUGUGGCCGUCGCGAUAGAUGCGGCAACAGCAACACCACCACGACCACCACGGGCCACGGCUGUCAGCAGUGCACCUCAAGCUACCGCAGCAACUCUACCAGCUGCGUAUUCUUCAAAUAAUAUUCUCAAUCCGAAUUUAGCUGGUUCCUUUAAAGAAGGUGACGAUGACGACGACGAUGAUAAUGAGUUACCGCAGCAAUCGAUUUAUGAGCCCGUCACAGUUGGCACGCAAAACGGAAGCAAUACAAACAACAACAUUAGCAACAAUAACGACAACAUUCGAAACAGUGACAAUGGAGUGGGCGUACCACGACAACAACGAUCGCAUCAGCCCCAGCCAACAGCAGCACCGCCGACACGAACGCGUCGCACGCAACGCAUAUGAGUGUGAAUUGGAAUGUGACCAAAAACUACUAAAGCUAUAACCAAAUCAGACUUAGCCUUUGAAGGGGGGUGGGGCGUGAAUGGUAAAAGUUUAUCUUUUAAAAGAAAUGGAACGAAGAAAGAAAUUUGGGCGUGUGUGCAAAAGCGAACACGUCCGCAGGCGCAGCAAUUGGCCACAGCGUCAGGUGCUAAAGUUGUGUGCAAAUCCACAGCAAACGGUCACACCCAUAUGCUUUGUAUAUACGGUCACACACACACACAGCCACACAAACAAAAAAGUGCUUUGGCAGGCAUUGUGCGACUCUGUAUGUUAAACUAUUGUAAAUUACUUUAGUUUUAUUGAUUUUUAAUUGUUUGAUUAGAAUUUUACAAAAUGUGUAUACAUAAAAUGUGAUUUAAUAUUGGCUUCGAUAAUUUUACAUGCAUACAUGCAUACAAUACUUAGUUAUAGGUACAUACGAAUGGAACUUUUAUCAAAUAAUUACUAUGUACAUGUAGAGUUAAGGAGUUGAGUAGCGGAUGCAACGCACGAGCAGCGAUAAAGAGACGCAAAUGGUGAAACUGCAAACGAAAAUUGAAAAUAUAACUCUGUUGCAAACAAAAAAUAAAACAAAAACAAAAAAUACAUACGAAAGCAACAACUAUUACAAUACCAACAUAGCUACCAAAUUGUCUACAUAUAUGUAUAUGCCUAUAAUAAUCUAGAUAUCUAAGGAACUGUAUGCAAACAUAUAUACAUAUAUAUUUUUAUAAUUAUAAUUUGAUUUUUAGUUAUUCAAAAACAAACAAGCAAUUUUUUUUGUUCAAAAUUUCGUUGCUUUUUAACACUUUGACUGUUAUGACUAAUAUAUUAGUGUGGGAAAAAAUAAAUCCAUACCCAUUUUCUCGGUAGAUGGCUGUAGUGAUCGAUAUCUCGUAAAUAAUUUUAAGUUUAUGCUCGUUGCCAUGGUGACAUUUCACAGUAAAAAAAUUUGUUGCUUUUUUUGUUUGUUCCAUUCAGUUGUGAGUUACAGGGUGUUAGCAAUGGAAGUCCACAAAGAGAAAAUUCGGUAGAUUUUACAGUUUUUCUUUCAUAAAGGCGCCGAUAACGUAACGCUAAUUAUGUGCUGUAAAAGAAAAUAUCAAUACAAUCACCGAAAUAAUCGAAGUUGACCGGGAUGUUAGUAGUCGUAGCAUCGCCCAGGAGCUAAAGAUCGACCAUAAAACAGUUUUCAACCAUUUGCGCAAACAGUUUUACAUAAAAAAUAGUGGAUUUCUUUUUUUCUCAACCUAAUAUUUAUUAGAGCACAAUGUUUCCAUUGGUUAUCAAACUGGCAAUCAGUUUUGAGUGACGUUUUUUCCCCAUCCCGUAAUCUUCGCCUAAAAUAGAUCUUUGAACUUUCUUGGUAAAAUGUUAUGAAGGUGCUUCAUUCUUCUAAGUAUGUUACUUGUUUCACCUUAUUUACGAGGGUCGUUUCAAAAGUACAUGCAAAAAUAAAAAUUAGUUAAUUGUUUGAGGUAAACCUUUUCUAUUUUUCCACAUUGCCUUCUUUUAAACUUGUACACUUCAUCCAACGUUUGUUGUUGUUGUUGUUGCUGCUGCUUAGUAAACCCUGUCAAUGCGAUGUAGUUACCGGUCGUCUUCGUCUAACUCAUCUAACGGUAGACCCAGAAAAUGUGCUGUUUCGACAGGUUGGGUCCAGUGGGAGAGGGGUGUUAGAUGAACAGGUUUGAUGGGGCAUGUGAAAAGGUGGUUAGUGUCGUGCGUAGUGCUUUCAGAUGCUGGACUUAUGUAUAUUGGGUUUGACGUGGUCGAUUCUGGAUAAGUAGCAGUUUAAACUGCUACAGUAACCAGAACGCAAUUGGGCCAAAGUUACGCGGGUCUUGUGGGGCAGUUGAAGGUCAUUACCAUGGCAGCCGGUUCUACGUGACCGGAAUUACUCGGGGGCUUUCCUGACCAAGGGCUGCCCUGUCUAGUGCACCAUACUUUACCCUUGCUCUUUCGCCCAACGCUUUUCUGGUGUGUGGGUACCUCCUCGUUUGGAUAAAAUCUUUCUGCUGGCCAUUUCUGCAAAUUGGGGGAAGAAUAGUAGCCCGAGGGAGCCAGUCUGUAGAAUAUGGGGGAUGCAAAAGUGAGUUGGAAUACUCUCUUCAUUAAUUUAAUUAAUUUUUGAAUGAGGCGUGAGCUGAUACGUUGUCGUAAUGGAAAAGGACUUUUUUUUUUGAAAAUUACUCGACUUUCUCGAUUCAAACGAAUGCGACGCACAAAGAACUAGAUCGAUCUGGCUGCAACUUGGUGUGUGUUUUUCCAAGAGAUGACUAAACAUAACCUCGAUACGCGCCAACAGUGUCAUCUCGCUGAUUUUGUUGCCGAGUUUUCAGGGAAAAACUCAGAAGAAUGUUUGCACUUCGAUCUUAAGAUCUUUACAACAGUUAAUUUCUAUCAAAAACGUUUUCAUCCAAACUAAAAUUCAUGGCAAAAAUUUCUCACGCUUGGUUUUCACUUUAAAAAACAAAUAAAUAAUUGGCGCGUACACAUCUGUUAGGUGUUUGGGCUCUUUCUAUUUGUGGUAUGCGUUUUGAUGUUCCACAAAUGGAUUGAUCUACAGUUUUAAGCUGAUUCCGAACGGCAAAUGAUUUUUUUGAGGAUCUUUUUCAGGGCAGAAAUGCACUCGAAUAUUUGCCAUUGUCUGCCGAGGGGUGACCGCUAUAAAUUUUCUCUUACUCACUUUUAAAUUAUUCAGUCCUCACAUUCGUUUCAAAAAUAAAGAUUCAAAUUAAAGACGAAUUUAAUGAUUAGCUUGUCACUAAAGGUUAAAAAAAAUUUGCGUUGUAAGUUUCAUGGGAAGCAAAAAUUUUAUCCACACCAUUCAAAAUUUAAUCAGAUUUGAAUAAAAUACUACCUAACUUGAAUUAAAUGUUGAAAAGCGCGUAAAAUAAAAAAAUAUGAUGGUCUCCCGGUGAGUAUCGACAAAAUUGGUUCGACAGUCAACGUGUUAAACUGUAGCGAAUUGUCCGUUGGACACCUUUUUUAAGACCUUUGAUUGAGCACCCGGGUUCUGCCUUUUUUCUUCCUUCGAGGAUCGUUUUUAAACGGUUGUCUCCGUAAACAAUAGAAAAUUAAAUGUUAGGAAACUAUUUCGAAGCUCAAGUCGUUAACUAUAAUAAUAAUAUGUUUAAAAAUAGCUGCAGAUGAUUGGGAUUUUUUUUUUUUUUGCUUAAAAUUUAGAGCUUCAAACUUUUCGAAGAAACUGUCAGCGCAUAUUGUAAUUCAUUUCUCGAAACUCGAAUUUAUAAGAAGUAUAUGGACAUUUUUUAUGUGUAUUUUUCUUGGCCGUUGCAUGCCAGCAGCCAGUUCUGCAUUCGAUACCCCGCAUUCAAAUGAUAGGCAAUGGUAAAACUCCAUGAAGCAACUUCUCGCAGAAACCAACUGCCGUUAGUAGGUAAAAUAACGGUGUGGCCUAACACCUCUCAACAACGUAAGUGCCACACCACAAUUAUUUGUAUAGCUUCUAAAUUAGAUCUCUUGAUAAGUUUAAUUUUUUCCAUUUUACACAUGGACCUCUACUACAGUCACAUGUACACCUACACCUGAAUUCGAUAGCAAAGUUUAGUUGUCGUUGUUGUUGUUAUUGUAACAGCAUAAACAUUCCCAACUUAAAUGUUUGGGGUACGCAGCUGAACGUGGGAACGAGUAAAAUUUAGUUUUUCAACUUGAUUGUUUUAUUAAAAGGUCGUUAAUUUUUAUUUUAAACGCUUAAUAUUUUUUUUCUCUAUUUCAGUUCUUUUCGUAUGCUACCGUUUAGAACCAUUUGCAACUGAAAAGUUGAUUUGAAAACUAAUCACUUUUUUCAGCAAGCAACGAAUCCACCUCAAUGCAUAUUACACAAAGUAUCGUAUUUAAUAUAUUAUAUAAUCUUCUUAUAUGCAGUAGUCAUAGCCUUCUCUGCUGCUCUAUGAAACUUGCUUUCACGAACUUAUCUUUUUUCUAUUCUUCAGCUCCGCAUUUGUUUUGUGAUUUCUUUCUCAAAAGGUUUUUAAGGUUCUUAUGUACAAGUACUAGAAAUAUUUCAUUGCAUAGAACAUAUGUAUGUAUGUAUAUGUAAAAUACAUAUUUUAGAUAAUGUUUGUGAUUCAGUGUAUCCAAUAGGCAUAACUAAAGGUUGAAAAAAAAAAAACAUUGUAAUAAAACAUAAAUUAACUAAAUAAUGUUUUCACGGGUUUCCCAAAGAGCCUAUUAAAAACAUUUAAUGUAAAUUUAAACUCUUAUUAAACAACAAAAUACAUGACGAUAAAUUAAUAUUUUAAUCCACCUUAGUAAAUGAGUUUCAUUGAUUGAUGC